AACCAACAGUCGAGGAGACUAGAUGCACGCUCUGGCCGGCGUCUCCCUACACCCACACAUACAAUGUCUUUAGAAACCUUAGGAACGACUGUUGAAUUUGAAGGGGACUGGGAAGAUUUUGUCCGUCCUGUGUAUGAGAAUAUUGAUGAUCUCGAGACCUGUUACCAAAUGUUUUUCCCGAGGCGAGACUUCUGGGAAGACCACUUCAAUAAGAGUGUGCUCCAACAGAUCCUGGAUUUGAAGUUCAACACACAGCCUAUAAAUGAAUAUGUAGCCGAGAAAGACCAUUAUCAACAGAAGAUACGACUUAAGGUGUUAUGCACGGUAUGCCGUUGUGAUUUGAAAGGCUACGACCCCUUCAUGAGUCAUAACGAUGGAAAGGCCCAUAAGAAGAUGAGACAAAGCCAGGUAAUUAGUUCAGUACCGUUGAGACCAAACCAGGACAUUACGUCUGUACAGCUGUGGCAAAGCCAGAGACUGCACAAGGGGGGCUUAGACAAGGAAGAACUCACUUUGAAGAGCCUGUCGGAGCCCAGGAAUUUCUUCAAAGUUGGGACCCUCGAGUUUUAUUUAGAUACUUCAUCAUCUUCUAUAGUUGGUGUGGGCUUUGUGUAUCGUAAGGACAUCCACAAGAUGCCUACGUUCACUUGCGACCUCUGCAAAGUCAACUGUCUUUCUCAGAAGAAGAUUUCUGAGCAUCUUCAAGACACGUAUCAUGCUUUACUCUACAUGCGGGUGAAGUUCCGGAGGGACGUGGCUACUGACAACCUCGCCAGAGAGUGUAGGAAGGUCGUGAAGAACGAGGGGCGGAUUAGCAACGUUAUUCUGGAUUUCAGUGACAGGAAGCACGCUGCUGUUCACGUCCGUUCUAAGAGCCGUGACGUGCCUCAAAGGAAGUGCGUUGAAGGAUAUUUACCAAUGGUGAAGAAGCGAGAGUUGGACGCGUGGACACAGAAGACCUCUGCCUACUAUGACAUAGCAACGUUCACAGCCCUUCACCAAGUGUAUGUCGGUCACGUGGCCAAUGAUCUAAAUAAAUGGAGCCUGAUUUUGGAGUGCCUUUUUUAUCUUGAAAUGAAUUUGGCAAGAUAUUAUGCACGGACUGCCAACUUUGAGAACUUGGAACACGCCGGGAAGACUUACUCCUACCUCGCUGGGGUCUACAACUACUCCCUCUGUGUGGUCUCUGAAUGUCAGGACUGGCAACUGUAAGGAGGUCUUCCCCCCCCCACCCCCCCCAACCCCAUGCUGCUGUGAUAGGCUAUAUAAAGGUGUGCUGCUAAGCAUCAGAAGAGAACAAAUUGCAGUAAUUUGUAAUUAAUAUUUGUUGGCUAUUUCUUAGACAUUGCUUUAAAUUUAAUAGUUUUGAGCCCCUUAUUAUUUCCCCUAAUCGCCUACAAUGGUAAUGAGUUAUGAUUUUAUUUUCAAAACGUGGAAUAAAUAGUUGUUAUUUUUUUUUAAUAAAGUGUAAGUGCAUUUUAUAACUUCAAUAAAAACACAAAAGCAGCUAAAUUAUUUU